AUGGCAGCACAAAAUUCAGAGAGACAACCAUGGAAAGAAGCAGUCGUCUAUCAAAUCUACCCAGCCAGCUUCAAAGAUACAAACGGCGAUGGCUGGGGUGAUCUACCCGGUAUCAUCAGUAAACUCGACUAUAUCAAAUCCGUCGGGGCGGACACGAUCUGGCUAUCACCAAUCUACGCCUCUCCUCAAGAUGACAUGGGAUAUGAUAUAUCCGAUUAUAGAUCUAUACAUGCGCCAUAUGGUACACUAGAAGAUGUCGAUCACCUCAUAGCUGAGCUACGUGAUCGUGACAUGAAGCUGUGGAUGGAUCUAGUCGUCAACCAUACCUCAGACGAACAUGCAUGGUUUAAAGAGUCGCGCCGAUCUUACGACAGCCCGAAAAGAGAUUGGUAUUUUUGGAGGGACCCCAAGUACGAUAAAAAAGGAGUCAGGAAGCCCCCAAAUAAUUGGAAGGGGAUGUUCGGUGGCAGUGCGUGGACUUUCGACGAGGCUACGGGCCAAUAUUAUCUUUCUCUUUUUCUACCUAGUCAGCCGGAUCUGAACUGGACGAACAGUGAGCUACGACAAGCUGUACACGAUGACAUCCGUUUUUGGCUUGACCGUGGUGUGGAUGGAUUUCGCAUAGAUUCAAUGAACCUGAUGUCCAAACAUCCAGAUCUUCCAGACGGUGAAAUCACUUGCCCUGACGAGGAAUAUCAAUCCGGAGACAAAUGGUUCGCCUCAGGACCUCGAAUGCACGAGUAUCUACAAGAAAUUCGCACAAAGGUAUUCGAUGCAUACGACGCAGUCACAGUCGGAGAGUUGGGUUUUACAAAGGACGAAGAAUCGGUUUCUAAAUACGUCGCCAAAUCUCGACACGAAAUAAAUAUGCUCUUUACUGGAGAUAUCAUUGACAUGGACUUUGGGCCGAAUGGAAAGUACACGCCCGGUGGUGGAUUCCAUCCACGACAGCUUCGUAUGCUCACUGAGAAAUGGCAAACUGCCAUGCCUCGGUUCGAUGGAUGGAAUACGCUCUACCUUGACAACCACGACAGCGGUCGGUCAGUUAGCCGUUAUGGCUCUGAUGACCCUCGUUAUCGUAUCUAUGCGGCAAAAAUGCUUGCCACGUAUCUUACUACACUCAGUGGAACGCUCUUUCUCCUUGCAGGACAGGAGAUCGGUAUGGCGAAUUUGCCCAAGGACAUGGGUAUCGAACAGUACAUUGACGUCGAAGGUCGGAACUUUUACAACCAAAUACUUCAAUCUCGAGGUGGUGACCACAGCAAAAUGGCAGAUGUUAUGUAUGAACUCCAGCUUAAGGCAAGAGACCAUGGACGAUUGCCGAUGCAAUGGAAUGCUGGGCCAAAUGCCGGAUUCACAGUUCCAGAGGCUCGUCCCYGGAUGACUGUCAAUCCGGAUUACACGUUGGGAUGGAACGUUGAGGCACAACAAGAUGAUUCAAAUAGUGUUCUUUCGUUCUGGAGAGAGUCCUUAGAUUUUCGAAAAAAAUUCGCCGACGUCUUCAUUUAUGGCUCUUUUGAGAUGUUGCUCGAAUCUGCUACCCACGAGAAAGUGGUCGCGUACAAGAGAAAGGAUUAUGGCUCUGAUAAAGAAGCCUUGGUGUUGCUGAAUUUUUCAGAUGAAAAUAGUACAAUCACGAUUCCUUGGCUUUCAGGGUGGACGGUUUUGCGAGGUAACUACUCGACUCCUCCAAGUUUUAGUGAGAUGAUUGUACUGCGGCCUUAUGAAGCUAUUGUUUCCUGUUUGGGAUUCCCUGUCUGA